AUGGCGCGCCAUCCCCUGACAGUCCACCUCCCGGAAGCGGCCUCCGAAGCAUGCGCCAAGAAACCAGCCGGCCACUGGACCUGCUGUGACCCAUCGCAAGCCGGACUGCUCUUAGCCUUCGGCUCAGGGUUUUUCGGCGCCACCUGCUUACUCCUCAUCCAGUUGCUAGACCACUUCGACCCGGCCGAACUGGCGGCAUUCCGUUUCGUCGGCUUCUUCGUGCCGAGCCUAGUGGCGGCGUUGCGUUCGGGGCAUGACCUGUUCCCUGCGGGUCGGCGCUGCCUGCUACUCCUGCGCGCCCUGCUUGGCACCGCCGGCAUUGUCUUCAAGUUCUACGCCCUGCGACACAUGUCGUUGGCGGACGCCAGCGUCAUCCUCGUCAGCGUGCCGGUGUUCGUGGCCAUGUUCGCGCGCUGCUUCCUGCGCGAGCCGUGCGGCUGGCUGCACGUGGCCACGAUCGGGGUCACGAUGGUCGGCAUGGUGCUGAUCGUGCGGCCGCCGGUGCUGUUCGGCACCGACGCGUCGCAGACGGAUGUCAGCAUCCUCGGCGCGGCGCUAGCCCUCACAGGCGCGCUGUUGAUCGCCAGCAAGUACGUGGUAGUACGCAUGCUGAAGGGCGUGCCACCGACCGUCAUCAUGACCUGCUUCUCGGGUGUGGCGACGCCGCUGGUGCUGGGCUUGUGCCUGGCGGUGGCACAGCUCAAGAUACCGCGCUCGCUGCCCGAGGCGGCCAUGCUUCUGACGUUCGUCGCCGCCAGCUUUCUGAGUCAGCUGUGCCUGACGUGCGCUUCCCUCGCCGAAGAGGCCGGCCCUGUGGCUAUCGUGCGUAGCGUUUGCGGAGCGGUGUUCGCCGUCUGCUGGCAGUUUGUGCUGUUUGCUGAGGUGCCCGGCCCACUGACGGCCACCGGCAUGGGGCUCGUGAUCGCCUCGGUAGUGCUUGUCGGGCUGAGGAAGUGGGUGGCCUCGCAGAACGAGGAGUCCAGCGUGCGCCAGCGGCUGUCCUGGCUUAUGUAG